AUGGACUCGCAGCCGGCCUCCGAGUCGUACCUCUCGGAUGACUCGUCCACCUCGAGCCGCUCGUCCUCGUCGCGCGCGCUCCCGCUCACCUCGUCGGCGUUCGACCCGAUCCACCACCCAGCGCCGCCCCUCCCGCCGAGCGUGCCCGCGCUCGUGCUCCACAAGCUCUGUGCGGCGAGUUUGGCCCAGGCGGGCUUUGACGCGGCCGCUGGAGAUGCGCUUGACGAGCUCGAGGGGGUCGUCGCCGAGUUCUUUGGCUCGCUCCUCGAGUACGCGCACGCGCUCGCCGAGCACGGGCGGCGCCACGUCCCGAACGCGGCCGACACGGUUGGCGCGAGUGCGGCGCUCGGCGUCGGCGGACCGGGCGAGCUGCUGCAGGAGCUCAACGAGUCCAACGAGCGUCAAGCCCUCCCGACGACCGCCCUCCAGAUCACGUAUGCGCGCCCUCGAGCGCCGACGCCGCCCGGCCCGCGCCUCGCGUCCGACGACGAGGCCGACCCGUCCUCUUCGCUCCUCCCCGCCGCCGCCGACGACCUCACGAGCCCGCCGCCGAGCCCGCCGUCGAGCCCGCUCCCGCCGCUCCUCGACGACCUGCCGCCACCGCCGCCGCCGCCGCACCACCACGACAACGAGGACGACGACGAGGACGCCGAGUUCGAGGAGGUCAUGCCCCUCUCGGCGACGGCGCCCGCCUUCGCGAGCGGCAGCACGCACCCGAGCGCGGCGGCGCACGCGGCGCACGCGGCGGCGGUGGCCGAGCGGCGCGCCGAGCGGGCGGCCAAGCUCGCUGCGCACGAGGCGGCGCGGUCGGCGCGGCGGGCCGAGCGGGAGCGCAGGCGCAGGGAGCGCAGGAGGCGCGACGAGGCGGACCCGCUCAGGGCGAGUUGGCUGCCGGCGCUGCCGCCCAAGCACAGCUGGAAGCACACGGCGGUCUACCCGCAGAGCGCCCCGCCACCGCCGCUCCCGCCGCCCAUCUCGCGCACGCAGCAAGCGCCGUCGACGGCCGCGCUCGCGCACCUCUCGACGCUCCGCGCGCGCCUCAACGACUCGCAGCUCGUCAGCUCGAGUUUGCGCAACCUCAUCCGGCGCACGAGGGCCGCGGGCGCGGCGGCGGCCGGGGCCGGGGCCGGGGCGGGAGGGGCGGGAGGAGGCGCGGUCGUGCUCGGGCCCGGUGGUGGCGAGGCGGGCGACGACGGGGCCGACGUCGUCGACUACGAGGGCGAGUGGUACGGCGCUGCGGCGGCGGCUGCUGUGGCGGGCGCCGGCGCGGGUGCGGGUGCGGGUGCGGGCGCAGGAGGAGGGCGCGCAGGGUCGAGGAGCGCUGGCGGGGGAACGGGCGCGGCGGCCGGGCAGGGCAAGCGGCGCAUCCGGGUCCUCACGGUCGGUGGGGCUGGGGGAGGGAGUGACGACGAGGACGAGGGGGACGAGAGGGAGCGCGAGAGGAAGGAGGCGGCUGGGGCUGUUGGAGGAGGAGGAGGUCGAGGAGCGGGCAAGAGGAGGAGGUGGCUCGUUUGAAAGAGGGGGUUGGUGCUGGACAAUUCACGACAUGUUGUCACGA